UGCUCCGAGGCUUUCCUCCGCCUUAUCCACGAUGCUGGCUGGAUACAUUACCGUGGCCGUGCUGUCUGUUGCAGCCGUUCUGGCCGCCAAGCAGCCCGAGUUUGUCAUCGAGGAGGACUAUCGCAAGGUCACCAUCGGCAGCUCCGUCAAGCUCCGGCACGUUGCUUCCCAUCAUCGCCUGCAUUCGCACGAGAUCAACUAUGGCUCCGGCAGCAGACAGCAAUCUGUCACGGGCUUCAAGAACGGCGACGAUCCUAAUUCGUACUGGGCGGUGGUUCCCGCCAUCGGCGACGAGGCCAGUCUGCAGCGGGGCGACGGCAUCGCCUGCGGAUCCCACUUCCGGCUACAGCAUCUCCAAACGAAAAAGUAUCUCCACAGCCAUAUGCAUCAAUCGCCGCUGAGCAACCAACAGGAGGUCUCUGCAUAUCAAGGUUCCGACACAGGCGACAACUGGAGGGUUGUUUGCGUCGACCGAUCGGAAAAGUACUGGUUCCGAGAAUCACAGGUCCGCCUGCAGCACGUCGACACCAACAAGUUCCUCAGCGCCAACAAGGGCAUCCACUUCAACAACCCCAUCCCAGGCCAGCUCGAGAUUGCAUGCUCCGGCUCGCAAGGAGCCAACGAAGUCUGGGCCACGGCCGAGGGCAUCUACUUUGCCGAUCGCAAUAUGUAGACGAUAAUACAGUUCCCCCCUGGAGGCCAAGGAUCUCUCCAACGCCGCAGACCAA